AUGAUAGAAGACCUGGGGAAGAAAGCUUGGAUACUGGUGGGCCGGCUGUUGGCUGUUGGGUACAAUCGUGCAGUCGACUUGACGGAUGCCCUGGGCAAGGAAGCGUUUGCCGCCGACCUAGCAACCAGCCAUCACGCCGCACUGACAGGCCCCAGCAUCGAGUCCAGCAUCUCCGGCGCCGGCACAAGACAAUCGCACACAGCAGUCGAGCGGCACGACGCGGCCAGCAGCGCAUCCGUCGCCAUCCAUGACAGCGGCGAGUUGAGAGCGAAAGAGAAAAAAAACACUGCUGCACGUAAGGCAUCCGCCGGACCACCACCAAGACCACGCGCGGGCACAUUCUCCAUGUCUCAGAGACGGGAGCCACUGUCCAUCUCGGCUUCGCACAACCUCUCGGAGCGAGCGGCUGCUGUCUUCAGUCACGGACUGCGCCUCCGCCCCAAGACCCUGCAUCGACCCAACCAUACCCCAGGACUUCAGCGCAAGAUAUUGCGGUUCCCUGGGAAGCUGGACCAACUCGGCUUCGUCUUACCAUGGAAAGUAUUACUCAGGGGAACGGUUGUGGCUGUUGUCGUGCCCUGA